GAAAAACAAAUAGUAACAAACGAUGCGUACCUGACUAAUAGCCUCCUCUCUCACAGACUCACAGCAAGACAUAACAAAUUGGUAAAAGUUCCAACUUUGUUCACCGAUUCAGCCUCCUGCAUCAAAAUUCAAAACCCCCGAACUUGCAUUCCCUCUUUCUACGAUAACAAGCUCAAAACAUAGGCAGAGAGAGAAAGAGAGAAGCCAUGAGAAGAAGAGCCAGAGAGCUUCUUAACCUCUCUUUUUCUAUGCACCCAACAAUGAAGCCUUACUCUUUACCAAAAUCAUCAUCAUUAUCCACUUAUUUUCUUCAAAGGACUAGCACUUUCUCAACCUCUUCCUCCUCCUCCAUAACCCCUCCUAUUGAAGAAGCAAAGACCUCAUCAUCCAAGUCCCAAAGGGAUUCACUGAUUUUAGAACAGUUCAAACAAAGAAAACUCGAAGGGUCUUCAAAGGACUCGAAGGGUAAUCCCCAAGUGCAACUUCAGUCCCAUCACCAAGUUCUGAUUCUACUGCUGAGAAGGUUGUCCAAAAGGGUAUGCAGAAUAAGAGUGACUCCACCAUGGUGGUUGCAAGUUUUAAGGAGUUGGGUGUGAGUGAGGAGCUUGUUAAGGUCAUGGAGGGGAUUGGUGGUUUUGUUCCAAGUGAGAUUCAAUGUGUGGCUAUUCCAGCUAUUUUAGAAGGGAAGAGUUUGUUGUUGAGUUCACCAUCUGAACCUGACAGGACUUUGGCCUUCUUGUUGCCCUUUAUUCAGGAUGGAGAAUUGCAUAGUUUGAAUUUGAAGCAUCCACGAGCCAUUGUGCUUUGUGCUACAGAGGAGAAAGCUUUACAGUGCUUUAAUGCUGCAAGAUAUAUCAUCCAUAAUGCGGAGUUUAUCUCUGCAAAGGAUUGUGCUUCACCAGAUAAUGGGCAGUCAGAUCCCUCAAUUGGCCUCAUGAUUGGAACUCCUUGUGAGAUUCUUCAGUACAUUGAAGAGGGGAGUAUUGUUCCUGCUGAAAUACAAUACUUGGUUUUGGAUGAUACGGAUUGCAUGCUUGGUAGUGGCCUUGGUCCUAAAAUUUAUAAAAUUCUCAGACCGUUGCAAGAUCAUGAAUCAAAAUCCACUGUCAAAAGAUUGCAAACUAUCCUGGCAAUUUCAACAAUAGCUGAGGUUUUGGGUGAACAAUCCCCCCUUGUAAAGCAUCUUGAGCAUGAUCAUGCAGGAAAUAUUUCUGCAAUGUCUUUAGAGAUGGAGCAAACAGAAGUCUUUCAUUUCACAGAAUCUCUGGAUGCUCUUAGGAAAAAAGUGGCUGAGGCCAUGGAUUCCCUUUUGAAAUAACAGUGACAUCUUGGUCUACAAUUUCUCUGGCAUAUCACAAAAGAAGAAAAGUCAAAAUAGGUUAAAAUGUUCUUUCUGAUAAAUCUUAUGAAUCGUGUCUGUAUAGAUUGUUAUUAUGUUCUAACUUUGAAGUACCUAAUGACCGGGCUCUCUUUCUU